GGUCUCUCGUCUGAGACGAACUUCAAGCGUAACUCCUUCUCUCACACCGCUCUCACACACUCCCUUCAAAAAUGCCUGCCGACUACAAUGGACGCUGGGAAAUGGUGACCAAUGAAAACUUUGAGGACGUCAUGAAGGCCCUCGACAUCGACUUUGCCACCAGAAAGAUCGCCACCCACCUGCACCAGACCAAGGUCAUCGUCCAGAACGGAGACAAGUUCGAAACCAAGACCCUCAGCACCUUCAGGAACUACGAGGUCAACUUCACCAUCGGCGAGGAGUUCGAGGAGUACACCAAGGGCCUGGAUAACCGCAAGGUCAAGACGUUGGUUACCUGGGAUGGGGACAAGCUGGUGUGUGUUAUGAAAGGGGAGAAGGAGAAUCGUGGCUGGAAACAGUGGAUUGAGGGAGAUCUGCUGCACCUGGAGAUUCAUGUUGAGGACAAACUGUGCCGCCAAGUAUUCAAGAAGGCACAGUGAGAUCGGACUGAAUAACUUCUGCACUAACUGCCUGCUGUUGUAAAACUAUACAUGCG